GGCACGCCAGUUGGCAGUUGGACUCAGUGGCAAAUGGCAGCAGUCGCAACAGCAGCUAACCAGUAGGAAUACCAAGAAACUUACCCUCGUACCGAGAAAAAUACCAAAAUACCGAUAAUGAACUGAGAGAGAUGAGGGUGGAAAAUACUCGAAAAUGGUGACAUAAGAUCGCAGUGGGACGAUGUCGCUGGGUCAAAAGAUCUUCAAAAUUAAAAGUUAUACCCAGAGGUUUUGCCUGAUAUUUGCGAUAAAAUUGCGCAAGGACUCGCCGCGAGGACAUGCGAGUGUAUUCACCAUAGAGUGUAGGCUAGAUGCAGAACUAGGCACAUCACACAAUUUCCUUUCAACAGCAGCAAAGGGAAAACGAAAUGCGAAAUACGAAAUAGGAAAAUAUAACACACGUGCAACGUGCCACAGUGCUCCGUGCUCUAUGUUCCACAUAUUCAGUGCUAGAGACUACUACUCUAGAUUUCGUGACUCGUUGCUGAAGACUUCAAUUUGUAGCACACUCUGUGCCAUAUCCCUCUGUGCGAGAGUGAGUGUGCCACGUGCAAUCAGCGAGCAGGCACAAGGAGCUCGCCUCCAAAAAGGACUAGGAGUUCUAAGGCAAUCCUGGAGCACCAAAUUGGGUCAAAGUUCAAAUGGGAUACAGCGGGAAAACGAAGGUGCUGAACAUCAGCGGCAGCAGGAAGAGCCUGCCUUUCUUUCUGGAUGAAUGAACCAACCAAGCUCGACUAAACCAUUCCCAAUUCCAAUCCAUACCAAACCGAGAACUGAGAGCCGGGAACCCAACCAAGCACAUCCUAACUUUCUCGGGACUGGGCCAAGAGCCCUGGCAGCCUUUUUAUUGCCAACGAAACUUAAACAUUUCCAUUUUAAUUGACAGCCUGUCGAUUGCUGGCUUUGAACCGAGCACCGAAAAAAAAGUGAAGAAAAACCCGUUGAGUUUUUCCCCAAUGCUCGUCGUUGAGUUUGUUUUGACUCUCCAGACUCACAGACAUCCACUUCGACGUCAAAUUAU